ACUGCAGAACUUUUGAUAGUCAGUUCAUUUCUGCACAUCUAAAGGGAUCACAUCAGUAAACGAGUUAAGGGAGCCUUGUAGUGUAAUUCCUGACUUGACCUGGUUGGAAGAGCCAUCACUGAGAUAUCACAAUGUCAGAAGAAUACACCACGUGCUAUGAUUACCAAGAUUGCUUUGACUUUCCUAACGGCACAGACUGUUCUCCUACCAACGUAAGUGAUGUAAAGGACUUCAACAAAGUGUUUCUCACCACUCUCUACAGUUUGGUUUUCAUCAUGGGCUUCAUAGGUAAUGGACUAGUGGUGUAUGUCCUGGUGAAGCACCGCAAUCAGUGCAACCUGACAGACAUCUGCCUCUUCAACCUGGCUCUCUCUGACCUCCUCUUCGUCUUCACGCUGCCUUUCUACUCUCACUAUGCCAGGGUCGGCCAGUGGACUUUUGGAGACUUCAUGUGCCGUUUGAUAUCCGGUUCUUACCAGACUGGCUUCUUCAGCAGCAUCUUCUUCAUGGUUGUCAUGACGCUGGACCGCUACAUGAUCAUUGUGCACGCUCACAGGGUUGCACGUUAUCGCACAAAGAGGGCUUCCAUCAUUCUGACCGUGCUCGUUUGGAUGCUGAGCUUGUUUGUCUCUCUGCCGGAUUUUAUCUUCAGAAAGGCAAAAGAACAGGAAUCCCAAGGAGUGCAGUGUGACUAUCCUGACGAGAGCAAAAUAUGGGAGCGUUAUGAUUUGUUUACCACAAAUGUGCUGGGUCUUGUGAUUCCCUUGCUGGUGAUGGUAGGUUGCUACUCCAGGAUCAUCCCCACACUGGUAAACAUGAGGACCGCAAAGAAGCACCGCAUCGUCAAGCUGAUCAUCUGCAUAGUAGUUGCAUUUUUCUUGCUCUGGGCCCCGUAUAACAUUUCCCUUUUCCUAAAGUUCCUCCUGGAAAAAGAAAUAAUCCUCAAUGAUAAAGUCUUGGACGAAAAUAUAUGGCUGUCAAUAACAGUGACUGAAGCCUUUGCUUACACUCACUGCUGUCUGAAUCCCAUCAUAUAUGCUUUUGUGGGAGAGAAGUUUAUGAGACGAGCCUUGCAGCUGCUGAAAAAGUUGAUGCCUGGUUACCGCAGAGAUCUGACAGACAGCUCAUUCAGGAGAAGCUCAGUUAUGUCCAGGGGCUCUGAAAUCACCUCCUCUUUUAAACUGUAGAAGGUGGAGGACAGUUGUAAGUAUUUUGUCAUGAAUGUUUCACCCUGUUAUUACUGCAGACCGUGCCUUGUUCAUGUUCUUUUUGUUCAUUUGGUCACUUCUAUUUGACAAAUACGACAGUGUUCUUCACCUGUGUGGCACCUUCAAAAUGUGUCUCUACACUUUUUGACCUUUUGAAUUUACAGCAAUUAUUUGCCCCUGACUUUUGCCCCUAUGAA